AACUCGCUAGGAGCAAAGCUCACUAUGGCUUCCACCACCAUCAAACUUUCAUUUUUCUUUGCUAUUACACUUAUCUUCUUACAAGCCGUUACACCAUUGAAUCUUCAACAUCCACUUGACCCUUUAACUAAAGAAGAGUUUUCCAUUGUCCAAACCGUAGUUCUACACAAAUAUCCCACCUCAAAAAAUAGUGUUGCCUUCCACUAUAUUGGUCUAGAUGACCCCGACAAAGAUGAUGUCCUAAAAUAUGAAACACAACCAACUCUCAUAACAAUCCCACGUAAAUCCUUUGUCGUUGCUAUCAUCAAUAGCCAAAACCAUGAGAUAGUAAUAGAUUUAAGGUUAAAGACCAUUGUCUCCGACAAUAUUCAUAAAGGAUAUGGUUUCCCUAUCUUAUCUGCUGAUGAACAAGGUGUUGCUAUAAAACUACCUUUGAAAUAUCCUCCUUUUAUUGCCUCAGUUAACAAGAGAGGUUUGAACCUCUCUGAGAUAGUUUGUUCAACUUUCUCAAUGGGUUGGUUUGGAGAAGAAAAAAAUAGUAGAACAGUGAGAGUUGAUUGUUUCAUGAAAGAAAACACUGUUAAUAUAUAUGUGAGACCAAUAUCUGGAAUAACAAUUGUUGUUGAUCUUCAACUUAUGAAAAUUGUUGAGUAUAAUGAUAGAGGUAUUGAAGCUGUGCCUACUGCUGAGAAAACUGACUAUAGAUUUUCACAUCAGAACCCACCAUUUGGACCAAAACUAAAUAGUUUGGUUAGUCAUCAACCACAAGGUUCAGGAGCCCAUAUCAACGGUUACAGUGUUAGUUGGGCCAAUUGGAGGUUUCAUAUUGGAUUUGAUGCGCGAGCUGGUAUUGUAAUAUCACUUGCAUCUAUUUACGAUCUAGAGAAACAUAAAUCUCGUCGUGUACUAUACAAAGGUUACAUUUCUGAGCUGUUUGUGCCUUAUCAAGACCCAACUGAAGAAUUUUACUUUAAGACAUUCUUUGAUUCUGGAGAGUUUGGUUUUGGUCUAUCUACUGUCUCUUUGAUACCCAAUCGUGAUUGUCCAUCACAUGCUCAGUUCAUUGAUACAUACAUUCACUCAGCUGAUGGUUCCCCAAUCCUCUUGAAGAAUGCUAUUUGUGUUUUUGAACAAUAUGGUAACAUCAUGUGGCGUCACACUGAGACUGGAAUUCCUAAUGAAUUUCCUGAAGAAUCUAGAACCGAAGUAAACUUGAUCGUAAGGACAGUAGUCACCGUGGGAAACUAUGACAAUGUUUUAGAUUGGGAAUUCAAAACAAGUGGUUCUAUCAAACCCGCGAUAGCACUAUCGGGUAUAUUGGAAAUUAAGGGAGCAAACAUUAAGCACAAGGAUGAGAUUAAAGAAGAUCAAUAUGGUACAUUAGUGUCAGCAAACAGCAUUGGUAUUUACCAUGACCACUUCUAUAUGUACUAUCUCGAUUUUGAUGUGGAUGGUGUAAACAACUCUUUUGAGAAAACAAGUUUAAAAACUGUUAGAAUAACUGAUGGAAGUUCAAAGAGAAAAAGUUAUUGGACCACGGAGACCCAAACUGCUAAAACCGAAUCAGAUGCAAAAAUUACAAUUGGGCUGAGCCCAGCUGAGCUUGUUGUUGUGAAUCCAAACAAAAAAACUGCGGUUGGAAACGACGUCGGAUACCGUUUGAUUCCAGCAAUUCCAGCUCAUCCACUUUUAACGGAAGAUGAUUACCCACAAAUACGUGGCGCAUUUACCAAUUAUAAUGUUUGGGUCACACCUUAUAAUAGAACUGAGAAAUGGGCUGGUGGACUUUAUGUUGAUCAUAGCCGUGGAGAUGAUACUUUAGCUGUUUGGACUCAAAAGAAUAGAGACAUUGAGAACAAGGACAUUGUUUUGUGGCACGUAGUGGGAAUUCAUCAUGUUCCAGCACAGGAAGAUUUUCCAAUUAUGCCCUUGUUGAGUACUUCAUUUGAGUUGAGGCCAACAAAUUUCUUUGAGAGGAAUCCGGUUCUUAAUACCCUUUCUCCAAGGGAUGUUAAUUGGCCUGGUUGCUCCAAUUAAAACUACUACUCUAUGCUUCUGAUUUGCUUUGGCAUGUGUUGCAAGUGCAUGUAGCCAUCAAUAAAUGUUGUUCGUUUGUUGCAGUAUUGAGGAGAAAAAUGUAUUGGCUCCAGUUAUUUUUAUGUGAAUGAGAGGUUUAUUUGGAAGCUUAAA